GGCGACCCGAGCCACGGCCCACGAGCCUGCUUGGCUGGAUUCAACCCCUCCUAUAAACAAGAAAGUGCCUCCUAUAAUCCCCCUUCUCCUCUUCCAAUCUCAGUGUUCCCUCCAUUUCCCGCCGCGUUCUCCGGGCCCGAACCGCCACUUCCUCCUCGGCGACCACGGCCGCGGUGUCCGCCGCCGGGCGAUCCAACGCCUUCCUCCCCGUGCGGACCCGCCCUGGAUGGCCGGGAGAGCCUCUUCCGUGGAGCGCGUGAAGGAGCGUUCCACCGGCCUCGACAAGUUCGUCCUCCGCGAGGCCCGCGGCAGCUCCGCCGAGGUAUACUUGUAUGGAGGCCAAGUAACCUCUUGGAAAAAUAACUCUGGAGAACAACAGCUAUUUCUCAGUAAGAAGGCUUCUUUCAAACCACCAAAAGCGAUUCGUGGGGGCAUACAAAUUUGUUUUCCUCAAUUAGGGAACCACGGAGUUCUUGAACAGCAUGGAUUCGCGAGGAACCGACUUUGGAGUGUUGAUGAGAGUCCUCCUCUUCCAGAUACCACUUCUGAUUGUCAUAUUGACUUGAUACUCAAGCAGUCUGAAGAAGAUAUGAAGACCUGGCCACACAGUUAUGAACUUCGUUUGCAAGUUGCUCUUAGUCCGAGGGGAGAUCUGAUCCUCACAUCUCGAAUAAAAAAUAAGAAUGCUGAUGGCAAGCCAUUCCAAUUUACUUUUGCAUUCCAUACAUACUUUUCAGUCUCUGAUAUCAGCGAAGUACGGGUUGAGGGUUUGGAUACCUUGGACUAUCAUGAUAAUCUGCAAUCUAAGAUUCGUUGUACUGAACAAGGCGAUGCAGUUGUAUUCGAAUCUGAAGUGGACAGGAUAUAUCUAAGUGCCCCACCCAAGAUUGUGACAAUUGACCAUGAGAAAAAAAGGACAUUCGUAUUAAGGAAAAAGGAACUUCCUGAUGUUGUUGUUUGGAACCCAUGGGACAGGAAAGCAAAAGCAAUGCCAGAUUUUGGUGCCGAGGAGUACAAGUGCAUGCUGUGUGUAGGGGCUGCACGUAUUGAGAAGCCAAUUACUUUAAGGCCUGGUGAAGAGUGGCAAGGAAGGCAGGAGAUUUCCCCUGUGCCAUCCAGUUACAGCAGUGGACUGUUGGAUCCUGAAAUGAUUCAACAGAUGCAACGUAUCUAGAUCUUUUGGUGGUUGAAAUGCUAUGAAGUCUCUUCAGUGUCAAUAAGAUAAUCUGAAUGUUCUUCAUCCAACUUCCAGCUUUCUUUUUUGUGUACAAUUCCAAAGUAGCCUGUGGUUUUUCUGGAGCAGCACUGGAGUUGAAAUCUCCAUCGUGAUUUAAAGGAGAUGGAGAAUUUUUGUCUAUCUUUAGGGACUUUAUGUACAUUCAUAAUCAGUCGCUUUACAUUACACCUUUUUUUUGCCCUAUUAUAGGAGGCUGAUUUGAAACUGCACAAAUAGUAUGGUGUCAAUUUUGAGUUGUCUCGUGUCAUAUUGCAGCACUUUACCCGUAUGGUGUGUAAUACUCCCUCCGUUCACUAUUAUAAGAGGUUUGGAUA